AUGCAGACUACUGAUCAAACUUACCCCAUUGUUUCUCAAAACAUUUUGGCUCAGGGCGUUGACCCAAUUGAGCCUUACAAGUUGACAGUUCAAUCAAGCAUGUGUAAAGGAUUGAGAGCAAGAUGUAUGCUCAUUCUAUACAUUCAAAGAGUCUCAGCUCAAACGCUCAUCUCUCAACAUUCAAUUCAAGCAAGAAUCGCAUCAUCAUCAGAGGAUCGUCCACAUUCCUGCAUCACUGCCUCGAGUCCUCGGUCCUCGCUAUCUUCCAAUCCACCUGGUCUAGAGACCCCACCAGUCUUACAACCUAUCAAGAUCAACUUUAACUCUCAACAUCGCACCAAACCUCAAUCUAUCCCUGUGUCUCACAACUACAAUCAACCGACAUACCCUAUCUCUUCACUUAGUCCUCAUUUCCCUAACACUCGGAGAGAUUCAUCUACAUCUUCAAGUAGAGGCAGUAGUCCCAAUCGGAGUGCGAGUAAGACUGGAUCUGAUCGUAGCUCCUCGAUCUGUUCAGUCGAAGAUCCAUCGAUCAAAGCAAUUUGGGCUACGUCUGCUCAAGCUGCUUCGACCUCUCUGAGCGCCAAUAUCACUCAUCCUAGCUCAACUGUCUUUCCUCAAUCACCCAAGACGGUUAAUCACAAUCAAUUUAUCAAUCCCUUUACCACAGCGGCUCAGUCUGAAGAGGUUUCAAGUCAUUCCCGUCAUCAUACGGAGAGACCAUACCGAACGCCUUCCUUAUCUGCUACUGCAGACCCUUGGAAUUUGCAAUCGACUCAUCUUGGUCCAUUCGUUGCCAGCAACGGACGCGACUCCGAAAGUGAUUUCACGCGAAACUAUCACGAAACCCGUUUAGACUACGGUCCAGUCGGUAAUCAUCCAGAUCCACUUCGGGCUAUGGGCGUCAAUAUGCCAAGAUUGAUGGAAACUCGUACCGACUUGAUCUCAGAAAUUGCUAGCGAAAAUGUCAAACAGGAGGAACAUCACGAUAUUGACACCAAGCAGAAUCAUCCUUUAUCCCCAUCUGGCUCCAUCUUCAUCGACAACCCUGUCUCACAACUUCAAAAUGCCAGACCGUUUGGUCCAAUUCGCCCACAAACCCAAACCCUUCGGACACCAACCGACGAUCAUGCUUCACACGCUUCUUCAUCCGCUGUAGGAUCAUCCGCCUUGGAUGACAAUAUUGCCUCACUUCGACCAAACUCGUAUACGAACCGAAUCAGUCAGAUUGGUAGAUUAUCGUUAGACUCUAUCAACGCGAAACCUUUCCAACCUGCUUCACUUUCUGUGCCCACCAACAAGGCUAAUCAUAUGCUCAAUAACAUUUGGGCUCAGCCUGUCCAGACCCCCACAUCCUCAUCAUCUGGGGCCUCAGACUUUGAUCUUCAUUCACCACUCGCUAGUCAGCCUCCUCUUGCCGGUCCUCGUUCCGAUUUACUGGGUUCACAUCUCAACAACACCCAAUCAUUAAUCGGGUCACCUUCUAGUAUGAGUCCCACCAGCCCUGGUGGUGGUAUGUUCGGACCCAACUCUUUACCUGCAGCUUUCUAUGGUGGUCCGUGGCAUGGUUCUUCGUCAAAUGCUACCAACCAACAGAACGGUAGUGGUCUCGACGACGAACGAGCUGGUAGGUCGAAAGCUCGGGAUAUCUUAGGAGCUCGACCCACUCCGAUCGGUCGUGAUUCUAGUGUGGGUAGUAUAGGAAGCCCUGGCAGUUCCAGUGUAAGGAGUGGAAUUGGAUUGAGUAAUAUGAGUCCUUUUACGGGUACAAGCUUAUUGCCUUCAAGUAGUAUUGCGUUCGGUGGACCUUUUGGCGCAACCCAUCAUGCCAGUAACGGUUUUCGAUCGAGCCGUAUCCGAGAUAGUAGUCUUGGCGCAAUUGGCACUGGUCGGACAAAUUUGAGACCAGCUGGUAGUACCACGAACAGUAGUGGUGCCAUCGGAACCGGCUUAGGUCUCGGUUCAUCUCAUGACUUUUUGAGCAGUCACCCUGGUCUGGGUGGUUACGCAAGUAGUCAUCAUGACAGCUGGUUCCUUGGAGGUCGGAGUUUGAGUAAUGAUUUGGAUGAAGAUGAUGAGUUUGCCCCUCCAACUAAGUCGGGUGCUACUAGUCGACGUCAUAGUGUUGCGGCUUUUAGUGGUCGGAGUCUCGUGCAAGAUUUCGAUUAUAUCCCUGCUCCUCGUCCAUAUCUUUCUACUAAUUCCAAUCCUAUCAGCGAAAAGAAAACUCAGCAUGCAAAAAAUGGGACUGGAGGAUCGGUUGAUAGUAUUGGUGCUCCGGAUCAUGCAAGGAUGGGAAGUCGUCAGAUGAUGUUCGGUAGCGGUGCUUUGGCCCUGACGGAAGACGACUUAUUAUUGUCAUCAGAUCUAAACUCAUUGAACCUUCACGAUUUGGAGGAUCAUCACCGCGCUCAAGAUAACAAUCAUUCACCAAGCUUUGAAUUCCAUCACUCCUCACACACUAAUCAGCCUACUCGUCCAUUUCAUCGAGACCAUGUUGGAAGUGUCGAUCAGCAACAAUUCAAUUUAUCCUCUCAACAACUCAUGAUGCCUUGGUGCAAUCAACCACCUCAACUUGUCAGAGGAGGAGCAAGUGGCGUUGUUGGCCCAGCUUUCAGGGAGCGAAAGUCAUCGUUUAGUGCUGGAGAUCCGUUCAGUGCGUCCGCACAAGCUGCCAAAUUUUUCGCCUCUCAGGCAGCAGGCGUCGGGGGACAACAACAGCAGGAAAACAUCACUAUGAACUCCCCUUUGAGAUCACGUUUUCCUUUUGGUCACGCUGGAAAUGGAUCACAGGCCCCUCCUACUAGUGCUUUGAGUGGUCCACCGGUGACGACUUUCAGUAACAGUGGGUUGCUCUCCACUCAAUCAACUCAACAUGGUCACCAUGCGGGUAGUAUCGGUAGCGGACUCGAUCCUGCGACUGCGCCUACGUUUUACCCGAAUAGCGCAUUUCAUCCGCAAGCUACUAGUAGUCCAUUGCUUGGGCCUUCUGGUAACGGCACGUUUGGAGCAAUAUACAGUGCUAGUACGCCAGGACCAGGACCUCACGAGCUGGGAGAGUUAGGCAAAGGUGUCCCUCUCCACUCUCUUUCGAAGAAUUGCAAGCUUUACAUCGUCGAGUUCAAAGGAGCAAGAAAGGAUUUAUUCUACUUCAUCAUGGGCGAUGGUAUGGAGGUCGUUAGGAAGGGAGAUAUGGUGAUUGUUGAAGCUGAUCGAGGAAAAGAUUUGGGCAAGGUGAUUGACGACGAGAUCAUGGUCGAUGAAGUAGUAGAGUUCCAACAAAGACAGUUGGAGAUCGCUUUAGAGGCUGCCGCUAACAAAGGGGAUGCGGGGGGUAAAACGUCUGGUAGUGGAGGCAAUGCCGCUUGCAUUUCUCGGAUGACUAAAGAGAUCCACCCGAAGCGAAUCUACGGGAAAGCUACAAUUCAUGACACUCAACUUUUACAGCAAAAGAUUCAAGACGAAAACAAAGCAUUUAGUCAAAGAUUUGUUUCGGACUUGGAAGACGAGGAUUUGGAUGUGCUCCGUCGGUCCUGA